AUGACUGAAGAUAUUAAAAAACAAUCAGACACAAUUGAUAAAUUAAACGAAACGAAUCGUAAAUUUACGACAAGUACAACUGUGAAUAUAUUAAAUGAUCUACAAUUAAUGAAUAUACAUGAACAACAUGAAUGCCAACGUUAUGAAUUAUAUCGAAAAUAUGAGCAAUCAUUACCAAAUAAAACAACUUCUUCAUUCAUAGCUCAAUCAAAUUCUUCAUCUGCAUCGAACAAUCAUGACCAUCAGCUAAAUAUAAUCGAUGAUAAUCUAUCAAAUGAUAUUAGUGAAGACUUACGAUCACUAAUUGAACAACGAGUACCAGAUUUAUGUAUUCUUGAUGGUGAACUAAUGCAAUUUACCAAUGUUUUAUUAACUAAAAUAGUAUUUCUUCGUAUGGAUUAUUUAGGUACGAAAUUCUAUUGUACUAUAAAUGAUAUAUUAACUAGUGAUGGUGAAUUUUGGGUUGAACGAGAAUAUUCACCUGAAAAUGAACGAAAAUUUUAUCAAUUUAUUGAUAUACUUUCAUUAUUUGCCACUAGCUAUGAAUCAUUAAGAGAAGUUUAUAUUGGUCAAUUAGUAGCAUUACAUUAUGAAUCAUCUUGGCAUCGAGCAUUAGUAGUAUCGAAAAGUGAAGGACCAGCAGUAACUAAACAACCAAGUGCACGUGUUCGACUAGUUGAUUAUGGUACAUCAUUAUAUGUUAAUAUUUCACAAUUAAAAUGGUUACCUGAACAAUUUUAUUUAUUUCCUUUUAAAGCAGUUGAAUGUGUCUUUAGUGAAGCUGUUAAACCAACUUUUUCCGAUACGGUUCGUCUUACAUUUAAACAACUUGUACUACAUAAACGAUUACAUGCUACGAUUUAUGAUAGAGAUGGUGCUCGUAUUUGUGUAUUAUUAAAAUGUAAAACUGAAGAAGGUAUUGUUAAUGUUUAUCGAUAUUUACGUGCACAUGAACAUAAAUCAAAAAAUGGUCGAAUGCUAGAUGAUGGUACUAUAGUACAAUGUUUACAUAAUACUAUUUUUAAUAUUAAUAAUUCUGGUUAUCAAUCAACAAUAUCGAAUAAAUCAAUGAAUACAUCUAUAAAUUUAACAUUACCUAUUUUAUCACCACCAUCACCAAUUAAAUUAACACGUGAUCAACUUGAAAUAAGACGAAAAGAAAUCAAGAGAAUUUAUAAAGAACCUUACGAUGAAAAUAAUAUUAGUAUAAUUUCUAGUGAAAGUAAUGGUAAUUUAUCUAUUAAUACUGUAAAAUACAAUAAGAAGAUCCCUUCAUCAUCAUCUCAAAGUACACCAUUCUCAGCUGGUACAAUUAUCACACCAGUGCCUCGACUUUCAUUCACUCAACAGUGA